GUCACAUUCUCCCAGACUCCUGAGCCCUGGAUUCAGCCAUGGGCACCACCAGCACCUUCCUCUGCACCCUGUUCUUCUGCGGGGCAGUGGGUCUCACCACUUCCCCUGCCCAGGGGCGACUCCACUGCUACUACUGCAGCUUUGCCAAACCCUGCUACCCUGUCCCCACCGAGUGUCAGGAUGAUGAAGCUUGUGGCAUCAGUAUUGGCACCUCAGAGCAGAGUGAGCUCAUCCAGCGGAAAGGCUGCCUCCCAAGAGCCCAGUGCCUUCUGCCUGGCCAUGCCACCUACUGGUCACGCUCCUACGCUCUGCAGCACCACUGCUGUGACCAGGACCUGUGCAACAUGGCCACCUCACUGCAGCAGCCCCGCAGCUCCCUCCUCCCCACGCUGCUCCUCAUGGCCAGCUUCACCUGGGGAGGCCACCUCCUUCACUAGCCUCACUUGAAUCUGCAGCCCUCAACCCAGGACUCCUCCACUUUCACUACGGCCCUGGAAACACCUGCCCAGACACUUUUGAGAUAUGGCCAAGAACCUGAUUUUGUACAGAGGCCUCAGAUCCCUGGCCCAAUACCUUUGGAGACCCCUUCCAAGACCCGACUCCCGUGGACCUGGCUCCAGCCCCGACAGCAACCUCCCCAGAGCCCAGCCUCAUAAAAACCACCUGCUCUGUGUCUUUUGUCUUUUCUAGAUGCUGAUGUCCUUUCCCAGUCCCAGGUCUCUGGCAAGGCAGGUGUUUGAUGGAGCUGUGGGUCCUAGGAAAGGGGAUGGCAGGGGCAUCAUGUACGGAGAGGAGGGGAGUCUUGCUGGGGAAGGUUAAUUUGGUAGGUCAGGAACUCAGGAAGGAGGGCUCGGGCAACUAUAAAGAGUAAAUUUGCUCUGGCCUGUUUGGCUUUGCAGUUAGAGUGUCG